CGCACGCUUCAUGUCUGUUUGGACAGCACUUGACGUAGGAAUGCGUCACACAAAUCAUCCUGGCUGUUGAUAUUUUUCGUCCUGUCUAAGAAGUCGUUGGCAUUUGAAGGAUCGCGCAGCUUCUGUUCGCUACCGUCGCGCAGCUCCGAUCUUGAACUCCCCCUUUGCCCUUGUUCUUAGCGCCCGAUUGCUCUUCAAUGUUUCAGGACAUUUAGAUAUCUUGCGCACACGCGCUUUCCAGACAUUUCAUCGAGCCUGAGACUGUUUCUGGAAGAUGAGUAAGCGUUAUCAUAGCCUCUUACUACUUGCUCUGAGCACGACGGUCCCUGCGGUCGCGCAGCAAUAUCGGUAUCAAGAUACUCUGUUCGAGAAGGAGAAGUAUGCAGCAGCAUGUCCAGAUUACCGGACAUACUCCAUGUAUGGGCAUCCGCCAUACAGUCAAGGCCCUCUCAAGCUACCAUUCCAACGACCCGCAAAGCCUUGCCGCACUUUCGAAUCCGACCUUGUCGAAGAGGUGAUUGAGUAUAUGAAUGCGAACCUAGUAGACAAAGAUCUGGCGCGCAUAUUUGAGAAUGCGUUCCCAAACACGUUGGACACAACUGUGCGGUGGCACGUCGACGCGUCUGAGGAUCUAGUUCCGGACUCCGGAAAGUGGAGAAAGAUGAACAAAGGAUUGGAAGGCGACGCACCGUGGACAGGACCCCAGAGCUUCAUAGUCACCGGUGACAUAAAUGCAGAGUGGUUACGUGACAGCACGAACCAAUUGGCGCAGUAUCAGACUUUAGCCAAACGGGACAAGAGGAUAGAGAAAUUGAUCUUGGGCGCAAUCAACACACAAGCGGAAUAUGUGAUAGAAAGCCCAUAUUGCAAUGCCUUUCAGCCCCCUCCGCCGAGCGGUUUAGGGCCCACGAGCAACGGGCAGACAGACCAAGUGCACCCAGCGUACGAACCCAGCUUCGUGUUCGAGUGCAAAUACGAGCUGGAUUCCCUUGCAGCCUUUCUCAGUCUGAGCAACCAGUUCUUCGAAAGCACGGGGAACGACCAGUUCCUCACGAGCAGAUGGUUCACCGCCCUCGAAACAAUCCUUGAGACGUUGGACGCCCAGUCCAAAGCAACGUUCGACAAAGAGACGGGCGACUUACACCGCAACGUGUACACAUUUACGCGAGAGACGAGAGCAGGAACCGAAACCCUGUCUCUCAACGGUCAAGGAAAUCCAUUGAACUCGGGCACUGGCCUUAUCAGAAGUGCUUUCAGGCCCAGCGACGAUGCCACAAUCCUUGGUUUCUUCAUUCCCGCUAACGCAAUGAUGGCUGUCGAACUACAGCGGACAGGCGAGAUGCUCAAGAGGGCAGGGUUCGCUGGUGCAGGCCGACAGCUAGGCAUUCGGGGGAAGAACCUUGAGGAUGCCGUUUGGGAGCAUGGUGUCGUCACGCAUAAGAAAUACGGCAAAGUAUUUGCGUACGAAGUCGACGGUUAUGGAUCGCACGUCCUUAUGGACGAUGCAAAUCUUCCAUCCCUGCUUUCUCUGCCACUCUUGGGCUUCACCAAGAAAGACAAUGAGAUCUAUCAGAACACGCGCAAGAUGAUCCUUUCACUUGACGGAAAUCCAUAUUACCUCACUGGCAAGGACUUCAAGGGCAUAGGUGGACCGCACAUAGGUCUUAGCAAUGCGUGGCCCAUGAGCGUGCUCGUUCAAGCAAUGACCAGUGAUGACAACGAGGAGAUUAUGGACUGUUUGAACAGAGUCAAGAACGUGAGCAUACUUGGCUUGAUCAACGAGAGCGUAAACGUCAAUGCCAAAAAGGACUACACGAGAAGUUGGUUCGCCUGGGCGAAUAGCGUCUUUGCCCAAACGAUACUUGAUUUGGCAAAGAGGAAGCCUGACCUGUUGUUUGGCGAUGGAAAAGACGCAUACAUAAUAUGAUAUCAGAGAACUAAAGCUAGAUCGUAACUCGUGAUACCCGGAAAUCUUUGUUUUGUCCCAUGGCAAACAGUCGAAGCUGCUGAGUGCACAUCUCGUAUCGUAUCAACGGGCAGAUGCAGAAAUCUAGUCGCCAAGCAACUGGGACACAGCUUAGACGUGUGAAGAUGCCAUUUACGGAGUCAUGGUAAGAACUUGACGAAGAGAGGAUCCUUCAUCUGCCUGAAGGUGACUUUUGCUUACCUUACAUUUCGCUGUCGAGCAAGUCAAAGCCGU